UGAGUGACUCGUACAGUUGUGUUGACUUUCUCCGUUGGUAGUGUGUGUAUUUAUGAAGACGGAGCUCAAUGAACAGCUUCCAGUCGCUCGGUAUCUGUAGGUUUCAGGAGAUCAGAGCGACAUGAAGCUCCUGGACGAGCGGAUCUGUUCGCUCUUUAAGCGCCACUGGCAGCACACUCUUACCUACUGGAGUGUGUUCUUCAGUUUCGGCAUGUGCAUCGCCUUCCUUGGUCCCACCAUCCUGGACCUGAGGUGUCAGACUCAGUCCACGCUGCAGCAGAUCACCUGGGUCUUCUUUUCUCAGCAGCUCUUCCUGCUGGUGGGCAGCAGCGUGGGAGGACUUUUCAAGAAGACACUCCUGUCCUCCCUGUCAGCACUCCUCUGCUGCACUUUCGUCAUCUCUCUGGUGUUUGCUGUCAUACCACUAUGUAACCAUGUAGCGCUGUUAUCCGUCGCCAUGGCAAUUGCUGGUCAAUCAAUGGGAGUGAUUGACAACAUCGCCAACAGGCAGCUGGUGAAGCUGUACCAGAAAGACUCUGCCACCUUCCUGCAGGCUCUGCAUUUCUUCAUAGGCCUGGGAGCUCUGGUUACGCCCCUUGUCGCUGAUCCUUUCCUCGCGGAGGACUCCUGCGUUCUUGGUGUUAACUCGACCGCCAACUCUUCGUCCUCUUCUACCUCUGACCUUGAGCACCUCCGGAGCAGAAUGGCCGGGCAGGUAGCAGCGCUUCCAAAUAUCUUCCAGUAUCCUCUGCACACAGAGGGCCUAGUCAUCACCAGGGUCGCGUACGCCUUCUGGAUCAUGGCCCUCAUCAAUCUCCCUGUGCCUGCAGCAGUGCUCACAUUGAUGUACCACGAAAGACUGCUGUCUUGCUCUAGCAAGAGUCAACAUCUGCUGGACAAAAACUCUCAGACCAGCAAAAGUCACAGUGGGGAGAGUGAAAGUCACACUGUGGACAGUGAGGAAGGCCAUGGGAGUUUGUUUUGCUGUUGUGACGCUGCCAGAGUCAGAGGUCAUCCAGCUACUUUCUUCAUCAUCCACGCUCUGGGUGGGGCCAUCCUCUUCAUCACUGACGGGAUUAUAGGCUCCUACUCUGGCUUCGUCUACACCUACGCGGUGUCCCCUCCUCUGCUGAUGGGUCACAAGACUGCAGGAUGUCUGGACAGUGUAUUUUGGGCAGCCAUCACUUUGGGAAGACUGGCUUUCAUUUACCUUUCCUGCAAAUUCACAGCAUCCAUUCUGCUCACUGUUAGUCUGGGGGGGCUCAUACUGGUGCAGUGUCUGUUGUUGAUCUUCUACACCAGCUCUGUGUUCCUCUUCAUCGGUACCUGUGUGUUGGGGCUGUGCAUCAGCAGUGUGUUUCCCUCCAUGCUGGCCUUUACAGAGGACAUACUGGACUACAAAGGUUGUGCCACAACUGUCCUGGUGACGUGUGCUAGCACAGGAGAGAUGGCGCUGCAGCUGCUCGUUGGAUCUGUGAUCAACAGUCAGGGCAGUUACUCUUUCCUGGUGUGUUGUACGGGAGCAUCCUUUAUCGCCUUCUUCCUGUUCUUGCUGUUCCUCUACACGCAUCACCGCCACAGAAACUUUCACAAAGAUUGGUCUAAAUACACAGAAAUGGAAGAGAAGCCAAAGACUGGAGGCUCCUGAUCUGAGGAUCCAUAAGAGACUGGGGGAAAGAUCAUGAGUGACCUCAGGCUCCAGCUGAAGACGGGGAAAAGGGAGCAUGGGAACAAUAACCGUGACACACGCACUUCCUCCUAGUGUCCGAACCGAACAGGAACUCCCUCCUUGUGUCGAACAUUCAGAAGCCUUCUGAUCAAGCAGGUCACUGGAUGACCAUUACUUGAAUUGAUAAAUUCUCUGCUGCAGCUUGAUUUGAAAGACAAUGUAAUGAUUACCUAUUAGCUUUAAGUGGGACUGUAAAUGAACUGUUGAAGUAUGACUCUUCGCAGCCUAUGAAAGGGCUACUUUUGUGAUUUUCUGACGGUAGAAUGAAGCUGUUGGACACACUGUAAAUAACAAAUGAUGUACUGGCAGAACACAAACACUGAUGUUAGAGGUCUUUUAUUAUUGGUCUCACCUAUCUCAUUCAUGAUCAACAUUUCCUCGACACCUCUCAUACAUCGAUACGCCACUUAAGACAAGUAGCUUGUAAACAAUUUUUUGAAAAAGCAUGAAACAAACAGAAAACGGGACCAAACCAAGCAGGAACUUUCUACAAGAUCUUACAUGUUUAAAGGUAGGUUGAAGGACAAACAUCAAAUGAUACAAAUCAUAAACACAACCAGUCCAAAGACUUGAUAGAGACAGGUUCGAAUGGGCUUGAGGGUUAAUAUCCAGCUAUUUUAUAGUUCUCAAAGUUAAUGCGAAAAUGCAAGAUGAGCAGCCAAUUCUCUCUCAAAUAAAUAAAUAGUGUGUGGUAGUGCCUGAUCACAAACGAUUUUAAAUCUUUAGAUAUAUAUCGAAAAAGAUAAGAUUUACUGUAUAAAAUGCCAAGUGCAUAAUUUGUCCUCCCUUUUGGGUGAAUAAACAUUUUUCUGAGUGAGCAAACAUCGGCAACAUUUCAUCAUCAAAGAGGAAAAUCAGCGUCUUAGAAAAGCCACACAAUCCAA